AUGGACGUCGAUGCUGAGAGUGGGAUGACAACCCCCGCGAAACAAAGUUUCAUUCUGUACUACAAAUGCGUGCGGGGUUCCACUACCCAAAUGCAGUCGCCUACAGUCAUCGUUCUUGGAUCUGUCGGCCGAUGGGCGACAGGAAUACUAGCUGCCAAAUCGAGUGACACGAGUUCUCGCCCAUGA